AUGAUGAUGAUGAUGAUGAUAACGGCAACGAUAAUCGCCUCUUCGCUGGCGCUCGUGCAACAGACACAAGUCAUUGCUCGGUGUCUCGAGUGGCAAGGCAACUCGUGCGUGUUUCUGCCAAUGGAUCCCGUCUAUUUUCCAGGACUGAAGCUCACACAACAGACUGUGUGCAAGGCGGACUUAUCGGUAGCAGUAAGGCAGAUUGAUUGGGAGUCGUCUGCUGGCGGUCGCGGGUCGGUCGACAGCCUCCUUGUCAAUGGCGUCGAGAUGCUCCCAGCUCCGGUCUAUCCAUCGCAUGCGUACUUGGUUGGCAACUACCCCCACUGCGAUGACAUGUUUAACCUUUUCCCGCCCCUGGGAAAUGGAGUCAUUGGCCCAGAAGGACGCAAGUCCAUCAUUUCUGAGAUCACCAGCAACACGUUGCCCAUUUAUAUUCACUUCAGCUGGACCGGUCCACACGACAAGUUCCCCGUAUGUUCCAUGGCUGGCGUCUCUGUCACAGGCUACGCGGAGAUUAACAUUUAUCUCGAAGCGCAGGAUAACACAGCUUGUCCGGGAUGGGAUGACGCUUCGCGUACAGCUUGCUUUGGUAAUGGCGAGUGCGGCUGUGCGGCAAACGACAUUAGUCCACGUACCUGUUCAUGCAUAAUCGGGUAUGCUGCUCCGGAUUGCCGCGACUGCGCCAGCGGAUUUUUCGGCAACGAUUGCAAGAGAAUCUGUGAGCCGUGCCUCAACGACGGCUACUGCGAUUCAGGCUUGCGAGGGUCGGGAAAGUGUAUCUGUCCUGAGGGUUUUGACCCGAACACCAGGUGUGCGACGUGCUUGCCUGGAUAUUUUGGAAAUAAAUGCAAGCGUUGUCCGGGUUGCAACUUUCCAUACGGAAAUUGUGAUGAUGGCUCAACAGGCAGUGGUCGCUGCUCGUGUGCCGUUGGCUUUGAUGCUGACAUGAAUUGCAUGCAGUGCAUGGACUCCUUUUUUGGCCCGACAUGCCAGCCUUGUAAACCCUGUGACGGCGGCAAGUGCAAUUACGGUCUUCUUGGUGAUGGCGAAUGUAAGUGUUCCGAAGGCUUCUCGGCUGAGUCACGGUGCCUCGAGUGUGAAAAGGAUUUUUACGGACCAUCCUGCACUCCAUGCCGCACAUGCAAUAAUCACGGUCGCUGUAAUGAUACUACUUCUGGUGAUGGUGGAUGCAUUUGUGACGAAGGGUACACUCCUGAAAGCCGAUGUUCGCUAUGUGACGAUGGCUGGGAUUUCAAUCCGAUGACCAUGUCGUGCCAGUGCGCACCGCAACACUUUGGAGCGCACUGUCGAUCGUGCCCGAUAUGCGCCCCGCAUGGACACUGCAACUCUGGCGCUGACGGCGACGGACGAUGCAUUUGUGGUGUCGGAUGGUCCGACUCAAACAACUGCGUGGGCUGUAUGAGCGGUUACUAUGGCGAAACAUGCACUCUCUGUCGCAAGUGUGGUGAAGGGCGUUGUGAUGAUGGACUGCACGGCACGGGCAAGUGUAACUGCCACCGUGGCUGGGACCCGCUUACCAACUGCUACGAUUGCGAGGAAGGGUUUUUCGGCGAGGACUGUCGACCGUGUCCGCGUGACUGUGGCCAUGGUACUUGCCGAAGUGGACUAAAUGGGACUGGGGAGUGUGUCUGCCACGAGGGCUGGGAACUUGCUGGCAAACUUCCCUGUACCACUUGCGCUGACGGCUACAUUGGACCGACUUGCCAGCUGUGCCCAGGAUUUUUGGAAAACGAGGUGGCUUGCAAUGGUCACGGUCAAUGUGUCAUGUCAGGAACGCAAGCCGUAUGUUACUGUGACGCUCGCUACGGCGGCGAGAGCUGCGAGUCGUAUGAUUUUCCCUUCGCGAUGGUCGCCAUUCUGGGUACCAUCGCACUCUCAACAUUAGGCUUCUGCAUGUGCACCAUGCGUCGCCUUGCCCGCCAGCCACAUGCCUUGCAGGGGCCAUUCCUGAACCGUGGCAAUAGUUUCUCGCAGUCUGAGUACGUUGAGAUUUCGGACAUGGCGGACCUGGAAUACUUUGUCUCCAACGACAGCCGCGACUGGCUCAUUCGAUUCGAUUCGCUGUCUUUGCAGUGUGAGGUGGGCAAUGGUACAUCUGGCCAAGUGUUCCGAAGCUUGCUACACAGUGGUGGCGGCAGCUCGGUGGUGGCCGUCAAACGACUGUAUAGUCCCGUGACCGGUCAGGAGUAUUUCCAGAGCUUCUUUCGACGCGAGGUGAGUAUUUUGAGUCGGUUACACCAUCCCAACGUGGUGCGCUUCUACGGCGUGAGCUACUACAACCGCGUGUUGUAUAUCGUGACAGAUUUUUGUCCCAAGUCACUGAGUGUACUCAUUGAAAACCCAGCAACCAAAGGUCCUCUGAAGGAAUCUGUCUUCUUGAAGGUGAUUAGCCAAAUUGUAAGCGGUAUGGGCUUCUUGCACAGUCGCAACGUGGUUCAUCGAGACCUAAAGCCUGCGAACGUGCUUAUCUCGGAGACUGACGAUGUCAACAUUUGUGACUUCGGACUUUCGCGGUUGAUCGAACCCGAUGCGACAACCAUGACCGCAGAAGUUGGUACGCCGAGUUACAUGGCGCCCGAGAUGGCUACAAUGGGCGGUAUCCAGUGCUCUACGAAGGGUGACGUAUAUUCGUUUGGUAUCUUGCUAUACUCUACCUGGUCGCGGAGUAAGCCCUACGGUGACCAAGGCAUGAAUCCUUUCCAACUGAUGACGGCAGUUGUAAAUGGUCUUCGGCCCGUGAUUCCGAUCAACUGUCCACCCGCAUUGGCACGUCUCAUGCGGUCGUGCUGGCAUCAGAACGCUACUGUGCGUCCAUCUUUCCCAGAAAUUAGUCAAAUUUUAAAGGACCAGUGGCUGUUGUCCACGUUUGCUGAGGAGGAGGUGUAUUGCUACCCUGAGAAGUCUCCGCAGCGUUUAUCGGCUUCGUCGUCCGUGUCCACGACUGCUGCUGCAGCUUCAAGAGACCACUUUGGUAGUAACGACGGCGCCAUCGAGGUGCCACCGUUAGCAUCAUUGCGUCACCACGACGAUGACCAAGAUGAUGACACAGCUGUAUCUCCACGGGAAGACGAUCGUCUUUUGAAUGAAGAAAAACGACCACGAUAG